AUGGGUCACCAGCAGCUCUAUAGGAGUCACCCUUGCAAAUCUGGCCAGGGGUCUUGGUUGUGCCGCGUCUGUUUGAACUGGCAUGGCCUGAUCUGCAAGUAUGGCCUGAACAUGUGCUGCCACUGCUUCCAGCAGUAUGCGAAAGACAUUGGCUUCAUUGAGUUGGACUAA